GAUACUCUUCCCAUCAUAAAAGGAGAGCCCACGGUCAAAACGGAAAAACUUGGUUGUCCUUGUGGCCCUAGAAAAAAGUGCGCCCACGCGACGGGUGAAGGUAAAUGUGAAUGCAAAGCUGUCGGGAAGAAAUGCGGGGAACUCUGCCACUGUAAUGAAGAAAUAUGCAAAAACAGAGCGUCCUUAGGAGAAAUUAAAGUAAUGAGAGACUCUACUUCAUACGAGCGAAAAGAGCCGAUUAGACAAAUGCCCGAUUUACGCCUUUGCAUUGGAAGGACGUACCAUGCCCUUGAGGAAUAUGGUGGAAAAAAUUGGUACCAAGCCCCUGUGGAAUAUGGUGGACGAAAUUGGUACCAAACCCCUGAGAAAUAUAUGGGUCGAAAUCCCGGAGAGGAAUUUAAGGAAAAAGCUGGUUGCCCUUGUGGUCCAAGAAAAAAGUGCGCCCAUGCGAAGGGGACAGGUAAAUGUGAAUGCAAAGCUGUUGGGAAGAAAUGCGGGCAGUACUGUAACUGCGAUGAAGAGAUAUGCAAAAACAGGACAUGCAAUUUAACUCAUUUUGAUAAGAAUGGCUGUACAUUAGACCUCGUUUUGAAAAAGAGACCAAUGGUGAUUCGAAAAUGGCCUAUUCCGAUAAACCAAACAAGGAAGCUACGCGAAAAAGCAAUGCCUUUUCAGGCCAGCGGUGUAGCCCCCUGA